AUAUAUAAGUGGCGACGCGUCGUGUUUUCUUGCGGAUCCUUUGGAAGCAUCCUCUGUCGUCAAAACACCUCGGCAUCGCCUUCUUCCUCAGCACCCUUCCCAGAUCUGAAAACGUGAUCUUCAUGAGUUCAAGAAUUACUGGAGCAUCCACUGUUUCCUGCAAAUCGGGAAACAAGACCGCCUUCUUCUGCUGGAUCUUGUUCUGCUUGCUUCCAAGGUUUUUGGGAACUCCUAUUACAUUUGUGAACCUCCUCUUGAUUAAGGCUGUUGACAGGAGUCCUGCAGCAUUCAACGUCUUGGAAAUCAAGAUUUAGCCAUUAGUGGUUCGUUUUGGCCUUCUGUGCCAGUGCAUUCUAGUAUUCUGCAAACAUGGUUUCCUCUCAGCUAUCUGGUUUGACAAAUACUCACUCUGGCAAACCAUUCCUGGACCAGUUAUUAAUUCCCUUAACUGUUCCAGAAUCUGUUGUUACUGAUCAAGUUGAGCUGGAUUUCUCUGAUGUAUUUGGUCCUUUACCAGCUCAGAACACUGCAGAAGCAAGCGGGCAUGUUUAUGAUGAUCCAGUUGUUGUUCACAGCCGGUCACAUUCUCUGGUUGGUCCCUCAUCUGUUAGUCAGUCAUUGAAGCUAAGCAGGCUUACUUUGCAUGAGACAGAGGAUUCACUGGAGCUACUGGAAUGCAUUGCAGGAGAGACCAUCAAAGAAGUUGAGGAGCAUUCAAAUGAGAGGCACCUCGUAGAUGUUAAUGUGGAUGCCCUGACUGUUAACAGCAUAUGCAUUGAAGAUUUUGAAGUUCUGAAGGUUGUUGGGCAGGGUGCGUUUGGAAAAGUAUAUCAGGUGAGGAAAAAGGGCACAUCAGAAAUUUAUGCCAUGAAGGUCAUGCGGAAGGACAAGAUAGUGGAGAAGAAUCAUGCUGAAUACAUGAAGGCUGAGAGGGAUAUUUUGACAAAAAUAGAUCACCCCUUCAUUGUCCAGCUCAAAUACUCAUUCCAGACAAAAUAUAGGCUGUACCUUGUGCUAGAUUUCAUAAAUGGAGGGCACCUUUUCUUUCAACUCUACCACCAUGGCCUUUUCAGAGAAGAUUUGGCACGUAUCUAUGCUGCUGAGAUUGUUUCUGCAGUAUCUCACCUCCAUGCAAAUGGGAUAAUGCAUAGAGAUCUUAAACCUGAGAAUAUUCUCUUGGAUGCUGAUGGCCAUGUAAUGUUGACUGACUUUGGCCUGGCCAAAGAAUUUGAUGAAAAUACAAGAUCAAACUCAAUGUGUGGAACAGUUGAAUACAUGGCACCUGAAAUCAUUCUUGGGAAGGGCCAUGAUAAGGCUGCAGACUGGUGGAGUGUUGGUAUUCUAUCAUAUGAAAUGCUUACUGGGAAGCCUCCUUUUAUUGGUGGGAACAGGGACAAGAUUCAGCAGAAGAUUGUUAAAGAUAAGAUGAAGCUGCCCGCCUUCUUGUCUAGUGAGGCUCAUUCUCUGUUGAAAGGGCUGCUGCAAAAGGAUGCCAGCAAGCGCCUUGGCAGUGGAGCUACAGGAAGUGAGGAAAUCAAGCGACACAAGUGGUUCAAGCCAAUCAACUGGAAGAAAUUAGAGGCAAUGGAAAUCCAACCCAGUUUCCGCCCAGAAGUAGAAGGGAAGCUCUGCAUUGCAAACUUUGAGAAACGAUGGACUGACAUGCCAUUAUCAGAAUCUCCUGCUUCCAGUCCAAAGACCAACACAAAUCCCUUCACCAACUUCACUUUUAUAAGGCCUGCAGCCUCUUUCCUUCAGAAGAGUUGCCCUUUGUCCUAAAGGAUCACACUGCCUUCCAUUCAUCAAAUAGCAUGUUUACUGGUUUUAGUUCCUAGGAAACCCCCUAGUUAUUAUUGUUUAGCCAAAUAGUUCUUUUCAGAAACUACUCACUCGAAGAAGGCUUUGUCUAUAGAACAGAACUGUUCAAUUCUGUACUCUGUUUCAAGUUAUCAGUACAAGGCUAUAAACUUAUGGAACUACA